AUGACCCUAUCCUCGCAGCCGAGUUCGGCGGAGAAGGCCAUUCGCAAAAUCGACAUUGCUCAGGUCUCGCUGAGUUUACAGGACCGUCUAGGCCUAGCUAAACUCAAGUACCAGCAUGGCCGACUCCAUGGGCUGAACUCGAUCCAGGACAGCAGUGACAAGCCCUCCGACUCAUCGUCCGACUUCUCUCGCAGCCGGUGCGAGACCCCAUUCACCUCCCCUCCUCUUCGAGCCGCAACCUAUUCCAAGGAGCUCCCUCGAUCCGCUCGCAAUAAACAUGCCGUUACCUUCAACUCUCAUGUGAUGCAGCCGAUGCUGUCGGCCAGCCGCAAGCGGAUGCGGUCCGAUUCGGCCACGGAGCGCCCUGCCAAGGUCCCUCGAGUUUCAUGGAAGAGUUCCUAUCAACUUCCAGCGUCCUCACCUGGGCUCAAUCGGCACCUGCCCGGCCGCCAGAGCCACCUCCCCUUCAUGUCCGAGGCCCCCAUCCCCGAGCUCUCCUCUCCGCCAUAUCACGGCCCCUCCGACGAGGAACCUGAUCCCGACCUCCCUCUGCACAGUUUCCAGAAUAUGAGCUCCAUGGUCGGCUCCUCGCCGCCGCGCACUCCGCCCCCGAACAAGGGGCUCUCACGCUUUCCCCCAUCGACGCCUCCCAGUCAACAUGCGAUGCUCCCGACUAUGACCCCCAAUCUGGGGACUCCAGGCCAACAGUUCAAUUUUGCUGAUUUCGUGAACGUCACUCCAAGCCCAGCUCAGCCGGGAUGGAGUGGCCGCACUCCGGGUAACCCUUCACGCACCCCUCUUUCCACCAAAGAUGCUCGCAAGCGAUUGAACUUUGAUGCCCUGGUCCCUCCAAGUACCUCCAGCCCCCGCAUUCGGAACAAAGAAAGUGGACUGGCUCUGCAGCUUGGUGGCGAGUUGCGGCCUUAG